AUGCGCCCAACGCUCUCUGAGGGCCAGGAUAAUCAUCCUGCUCCGAUCAAUGAUAAUCUCUUCCUCGUUGUGCCAAUUGCACCAACACCUCUGGAAGAGCUUGAUGCAGAUCAGGAAGACGGUACUCGAUACCCCCAACGAGCAGAAAUUGGGUUACUCCGAAUUCUUGGCCGCCAGUUUCAUCUUCUGCAAGGAGUUGGUGUCGUCCAGCCUUCCGCCUCAGGUGACCGAGGCUCUAUAUUCUAUUCCGAUAAAGGAGCAGAUGACAGAAGGCGAUGUGCGCUUCAUACGAGAUUGUGCUUCGGAAGCGAAGAAACAGGAUUAUGAAGUGUAUCUGGACAAUUUUUCUGCAGAGAAGGAAGGGAUAAAGAGGUGCCUAUUCAAGGUACUCCAAAAGUGGGCUGAGCAACCCAAUUUUUGGACGGGUAUACAGGAAUUGGGAAACGAGGCUACAUGUACCAACAGUGUCAUCGUUCCUAUGAUUGAUGGUAUAUUGUCUGGUUUUUUGUUCAAUAGACUAGAUGAUAAAAAGCUCGUCCUUCCCAAAUACUGCCAAAACGAGCUCAGACCUGAUGUCGCCUGGUCUAAAGGAGGGAUACCAUUCAUGAUAGCGGAGGUCAAAUACCUCUAUCUUGAUAACGAAGCUCUGAUUAAAGAUCGGCGGAAGCUGUUCUGGAUGAUGAAGCUGCUGGUAGACCUUCAUAUAUUUAACAGGACGGAAAGGCCCCAGGUCAUUGGCCUGCUUGUCCAGAAUAAUAGCAUUGAGUUCUUUGUGAUGAGCUUAGAUCAUGAAGCUCUUUAUAUCCCCAGGUCGAUGGGCAUAUUUACGGUUCCACAAAGCGAUGAAGAGUUUGCAACGCUAGAACAAAGCUUUAAUGCUUUGCUGGCCGUCCGUGUAGGUGUUUAUUUCUUCUGCUUUGCUUUCAAUCUUUGGCACAGCUGCGUCUUAAUAGUUGAUUCCAUAUACCUUGACAUGAACAGCCACAUGAAAAAAUUAUACGGC